UUCCAAUCACAGUUACUAUUCUUUUAUUUUAAGGAUUUUCAGUCAAAAGUGACAUGAUCAUGCACUCUCCAAGCACAUCUUUUUUAGUACCUGAUGGGCAAAUAGCAUCAAAGUUAGCUCUCUUUGCUGUUUGAAAGCAAGAUAAACAUUUUGCUCCACACAUUCAUUGCCUUUUGCAAUGAACAUCCCACUCAUGCUCACGUGAUAUGCUCAAGACGACCGAAAUUUCAUUGCUAUGAUGUGUAGAAAGUUGGCUUAAUCAAAUUGUUCCAACACAAUAUUAACAGUUACAUCAACAAACGUAGAUCACAAGACUCUUCCUUAAAACGGACGAAUUCAAGUUAAAGGUGGUGUCUUUACAAAGAUCGGUGGAUCGUGACCCAGUUGAGAUAGAAAAGAUGAGGGGAAAGGCAGCUUCAGGAAAGACAAUUUUGUUCGUAUGCAUUGCAUGCUUUCUUGCAGGAACACUCUUUAGUGGCCAGAUGUGGACACGACCCUCUAACCAUGAAAAUACACUGCAAUCAUCCACACCUGAUUGUGAUCACAAGCGAAAACUGAUUGAAGGAAGAUCUGUUGAUGUAAUGGAGGAAGUGGUGAAGACUCACCAAGCUAUCAAGUAUCUGGAUAAGGCAGUUUCGACGUUGGAAAUGGAACUGACAGCAAGUAGGAGAAGCCAGAGUGGUGGGAAGCAAAUUCGAAAGCAUAAUGUACAAAAGGCUUUUGUGGUGAUUGGUAUUAACACAGCUUUUAGCAGCAAAAGGCGAAGAGACUCUAUACGCGAAACAUGGUUACCUAGAGGGAAUGAGUUGAAGGAACUAGAGAAAGAGAAGGGCAUUGUUGUAAGGUUCGUGAUCGGGCACAGCAGCACACCAGGAGGAGUUUUGGAUAAAGCAAUUGAUGCAGAAGAGGCAGAACACAAGGACUUCCUGAGGUUAGACCACGUCGAGGGCUAUCAUGAGCUAUCCACCAAGACUCGUCUCUACUUUUCCACCAUCACUUCUUUGUGGGAUGCUGAUUUCUACGUCAAGGUAGACGAUGAUGUCCACUUAAAUCUAGGUAUGCUAGUGAGCACACUUGCCAAGUACCGAUCAAGACCCAGGGUUUACAUUGGUUGCAUGAAAUCUGGUCCUGUUCUAUAUCAAAAAGGAGUAAAGUAUCACGAAGCUGAGCACUGGAAGUUUGGAGAGGAAGGAAACAAGUACUUCAGGCACGCCACUGGCCAAAUAUAUGCCAUUUCCAAGGAUCUCGCCACUUAUAUAUCCAUCAAUUGGCCAAUAUUGCACAAAUAUGCCAAUGAAGACGUAUCUUUAGGUUCCUGGUUACUGGGCCUGGAAGUUGAACAUGUGGAUGAACGAUCCAUGUGUUGCGGAACCCCACCAGAUUGUGAUUGGAAGGCAAGGACAGGGAAUGUGUGUGUGGCAUCGUUUGAUUGGUCAUGCAGUGGUAUCUGUAAGUCGGUGGAGAGAAUGAAAGAGAUACACAAAGCUUGCGGAGAGGGACACGGAGUUGUUUGGAACAUUGAACUCUGAUUCUCUAUUUCAUACACAAAAUUUUAUACCUUUAGUAUUUUGCAUCUGGAGAAAUUUAAUGCAUUUUCUAUUUCUUUAGUGGAAAUUGUUAGUUUUGUUCUGGAUACUUGUUCGUCCAAAAUACACUAUAGUUAUUUUUGUUUUUUUCAA